CUAAUGGAAUGUGGACAAAUUGACUUGGCAAAUUUACUCAAUAGUAAAAAUGGAAAGCCUAUAAAAAUAGAUUUUAUCCGAACAUGUUGGCAACAGAUGCUCGAAGCUGUCUACACGAUUCAUUUGGAAAAAAUCGUUCAUUCAGAUUUGAAACCAGCAAACUUCAUUAUAACUGAUGGAUCCCUAAAAUUAAUUGAUUUUGGUAUAGCAAGAACUAUACAGAACGAUACUACAAAUAUUCAUAGGGAGCAACAGGUUGGAACAAUAAAUUACAUGUCACCAGAAGCUAUUCAGGAUUACAAUGCUAAUAAUAAAUCUGAAGGAAAAUUAAUAAAACUGGGACGUGCAAGCGACGUUUGGUCUUUAGGCUGCAUUCUUUAUCAACUAGUUUAUGGUCAUACGCCAUUUGCCCAUCUAAACAUGUAUCAAAAAUUCAAAUGUAUUCCUGACCCCGAUUACGAUAUCGAGUUUCCUCCGACUUCCAGUUUGAUAUACAAUGCUAAUCAAGCACAUUCAGCUGAUGAAAACGAGAUUAACCAAGACGUUCCGGUUGAUGAAAAUUUGCUGAGAAUUAUGAAAAAUUGUUUGCAAAGAAAUCCUAAAGCCCGAGCCACAAUUCCAGAGUUGUUGGCUGAUCCUUUUCUUAGUGGGUCAUAUGUAAAAG